AUGGUCUUCAGGCUCCUCUUGAAGCUCUUCCCCACUCCGGGGAAGAUCAUCGCCCUCGCAACCUUCAUCAUUGGCAUGGUAUACCCCACCUACAAUUCCUUCCUGGCCAUCGAGUCCCCCAAUGAUGCUGACGACAAGCAGUGGCUGACAUACUGGGUGGUGGUCUGCACCCUGCAGCUGAUUGAGAGGCCCCUCUAUGUCGUUCUCUACUGGGUGCCGCUGUACAAUAUCUUCAGGCUGGUGCUCGUCGCAUGGCUGUCCCACCCACAGUUCAAGGGCGCAACCCUCGUGUACGAUAUCGUCGUGCGCCCCGUCAUCAUCGCGGCAGCGAGCAAGGCGAAGGAGCUGCCCGCCCUCACCCCCUUUGCCGAGAAGUUCCUGCUGUCAGAGGUACAGGCGGGCCAGGACAAGAAGACCAAGGCAACCAGCACCAAGAGCUCCUCGGCACUCAAGGCCGCACCUCCCGCGGCCGCGCUCCCCUCCGCCCCCCGGCUCUUCAACGACGCGCCCGCCGUGGUGGACCAGGCCGCGCCACCCCUGAGUGAGCCCGCUUUCCUGCCUGCCGACAUCGUGGAGGGUUCGCUGGCCGCCAAGCCCCACUUCCAGUGA